AAAAUGUUAUUGGGAAUAUCACCUUUCACCAUUCAUUAAAGCAGGUACUGUUAUUUUCUCACACAUCAUUUUUUUUUGGUAUUGUUUUAGGUUACUUUAUGAACCAAGCAUGGUGCAAUACUUUUGGUCAUAGCUGUAUAUCUCUGUUAUCUCUUGUAUAGCAUUGCUUUGGUGUGUAAAAAAAAAUUACCGUUUCCUUCCUAUUGAGAUGGACAAACUGAACUGGCCUGGGAAACAGAUUGGCACAUAGAUUGUCAAAUAGUACACUGGACCAAACUGCUGUGUUUUCUAAACAGUGUAAUUUAAUAAUUAGCUAAACAAACAUUCUGUGUCCAGUCGAUUGACAUUUCUGACAAAAACAGGCAAACAGUAUUCUCCCCACAGCUAAAGCUCCAAUUAAAUAGAGAGGCGUGAUUAUAUUCAAAUAUGGUGGGCGGGAAGUUCAUAGAGCAAGUACAGGGAUGGUAAAAUUCUGAGCUGAUGCUGCCUGUUUAUGUCUUGAGCAUUUAAACAAAAUAAAAACAUUGCAACGACAUUCGUAAGGGUGAUCCAUUUAUUUGUGAUAAGAUAGAAUAGCGUUCUAUUUAUUAGAUAAGCAUCGGAUCCAAAGAGACAGCUGUGCCCUGUUAACAGGACUGCCUUCGCCUCCGUCAGUUAGAAAAUCACAACUCUCACUUUUCAGCAAGCUACACCCACCAUUGGCUGGCUCAUAAAAAGCGAAACCGCCUGUCACUGUCUAUGCCGGGUGUUGAGGCUUGAAGCUACAGAGAUGUCUCCCUUUCUUCGAAUUGGCUUCUCAAACUUCGAGGGAGGACCCCUCGAAGUGACCCAGCGGGAGGAGUUUCAGCCUUACUGUGCUGUUUACAUGAAAGAAGCUGUUAAAACAGAGAAAGGACAGAUCUAUAAGCAACAGAAGCCAACGAUGUACCCUCCCUGGGACACUACCUUUGAUGCGCACAUUAAUGAAGGUCGGAUUAUGCACAUCGUGGUGAAAGACAAAACCAUGGAACUGCAUGCGGAGACCACAGUGGAGCUGAACAGCAUGGCAGCAAGGUGCAUGCAGAAGAAUGGGAAGGUGGAGGCCAUGCUUGAGCUAACACCAUAUGGACGAAUGUUGAUGAAUGCCAGGUACUUUCUGGAACAGAGUGAUGCUAAAGGUCAGUCUGAGACUGAGAGCGAGAGAUUCUUCACAUUGCACCAGCGCAGGGGGGCCAUCAAGCAGGCCAAGGUGCACAAAAUCAGGUUUCACGAGUUCAUCGCCACCUUCUUUCCUCAACCUACAUUCUGCUCCGUUUGCCACGAGUUUGUUUGGGGUCUAAACAAACAAGGCUACCAGUGCAGACAGUGCCAUGCUGCUAUUCAUAAAAAAUGCAAAGACAAAGUGAUAGCCAGAUGCACAGGGACUGCAGUCGACAGCAAAGAAACAAAGAUGCACAAAGAGAGGUUUAAAAUCGACAUGCCUCAUAGGUUUAAAAUCUAUAACUACAAGAGCCCGACAUUUUGUGAACACUGUGGAACGCUUUUGUGGGGGCUUGCAAAACAAGGGCUGAAGUGUGAAGAAUGUGGAAUGAACAUUCACCACAAGUGUCAGAAGAAAGUGGCAAACCUGUGUGGAGUCAAUCAGAAGCUUAUGGCAGAAGCACUAGCUGUGAUUGAGAGUGCACAGCAGGCCAGGUGUCAGCGUGACAGCGAGUAUAUCACCAGGGAGGGGCCUAUUGACAUCAACCUACCAGGUAUCCUCAGAGGGCCGUCGGGUGUUUUGCAAGCACCCCAUGAGUCUAUAAAAAAAGAAGUCCAGGGGAUUGCAUGGGAAUGUCCCUUACAAAAAAAAAUGCCUGAACCAGAGUGUCCAACAUACGCAGUGCCAAGGAAAGAGAUGCAUAAAUAUACCAUUGACGAUUUUACCCUACACAAGAUGCUAGGAAAGGGCAGCUUUGGAAAGGUGUUUCUUGCAGAACUGAAGUCGAAAAAUCAAUUCUUUGCAGUGAAAGCGCUGAAGAAAGACGUCGUGCUGAUGGACGAUGAUGUGGAAUGUACCAUGGUGGAGAAGAGGGUUCUCUCUCUGGCAUGGGAACAUCCCUUUCUGACACACCUGCACUGCACAUUCCAAACCAAGGAAAACCUUUUCUUUGUGAUGGAGUAUUUGAAUGGUGGGGACCUCAUGUUCCACAUACAGAACUGUCAUAAAUUUGAGAUACCAAGAGCUAGAUUUUAUGCUGCAGAAAUUGUUUGUGGUCUCCAAUUUCUCCAUUCGAAAGGCAUAGUAUACAGGGACCUGAAGUUAGACAAUGUGCUUUUAGACAAGGAUGGACACAUAAAGAUAGCUGACUUCGGGAUGUGUAAAGAAAACAUGUAUGAAGAAGCACGGACCUGCACCUUCUGUGGAACCCCAGACUACAUUGCCCCUGAGAUUCUUUUAGGACAGAAAUAUGGGAGCUCAGUAGACUGGUGGUCAUUUGGAGUCCUGCUGUAUGAAAUGUUGAUUGGUCAGUCACCUUUCCAUGGCAACGAUGAGGAAGAACUGUUUCAGUCAAUCCGCACUGACAACCCUUUCUACCCACGAUGGCUCCCUAAGGAUGCCAGAGAGAUUCUAAUCAAGUUAUUUGUGAGAGAGCCUGAGCAGAGACUGGGUGUGAAGGGAUCCAUUCGCCAGCAUGCGUUUUUCAAAGAAAUCAACUGGCAAGCACUUGAAAACAGGGAAAUCAAACCUCUUUUCAAACCCAGAGUGAGAUCCCCAGAUGACUGCAGUAAUUUUGAUACAGAAUUCUUAAAUGAGAAGCCGAAGCUCUCUUGUGCAGAUAGAACCCUCAUCAACAGUGUGGAUCAAACCAUGUUCAGCAACUUCUCCUUUGUAAACCCCAGGAUGGAUAGGCUUAAGGUUCAGUGUAUCCCUGGAUCAUCAGAAUAAGACAUUUCUGACCGCAGAUGCAAUAUUUGAUACUUACUGAGAUGGAAUAAAAGGGUACAGCUUUAGACUUCUUUUUUUUUUUCAUUUUACCAUUGCAGAGUGUUAUAUGUAUAUGCCAUUAUGUAACAUAAACUAUUUGUCAUUGUGGUAAAAAUAAAAGGGGGGGGGGGGG